AUGGCGCGCCUCGCCACCAUCCUUAGCUUCGGGGACCACGCCGAGGAGGGUGCCAGCGCCUUCCCGGAGCCACAGGAGGACUACCAGCAAGAACACGACGACGACGACGACGCGACGUUGGACGCCAGCGGCGACAGCUUCAAGUUCGCGUUCGCGCGGCCGCUGGCGCCAGCGGGCGGGGAGGCGCUGGCCUACGACCUCUUCGCGCACGGCCGCAUCCUCCCGCCCUACCCGGUCUUCCACCGCCGCCAGGCCCACGACGACGACGCCCCGGCCUCGGCCACCUCCGCGACGGCGCCGCCCUCGCCGGACACGUACUGCGCAUGGGCGCCGUGGUCCGCGCCGAGGUCGCCCGCGCGUGAGCCGGCCGCCUUCCCCAAGAGCGCGUCCACGGGCACAGGCGAGGCCGCGCGCCGGUUCCGCCUGCGCGACAUCCUCGGCUCCGGCGGCCGCUCCCACAGCGACGGCAAGGAGAAGUUCCUCUUCCUCCAGCCGACCCUCACCAAGCCCAAGCCCAGGACCAGCACAUUAUGCGCCGCUGCCGGAGGAGACAAGCGCGCCGCCAAGAAAACACAGGCGCAGCCGCAGCAGAAGCAGAGCAAGAAGAAGGGGGCGGACGCCGCUCCGACGGAGAUGGACAUGGCCACCGCGCACAUGCUCUUCUACAGCAAGCCCGGAGCCGCGGCUGGCACCGACGGCGAGAGGACGGCCAACACAAAAACGUCAUACAUGCCCUAUCGGCGUCGUACCUGCACAGGCUCUUAUAUUCUUUUAUACUUGUUAUAUGUAAAUCAUAAGCAGUACAAGAACCUCAUAAAAAGAAAUACAAAAUAUAUUGCCAUCAACAGUGCAUAA